CUCUUUCUUCUUCAUCUGCUUUGAAAUGGUUAACUUAUUUUUUCCAAGAGAGCUGACAGAACAUCAAUUUCCGCACUGCUAAGACGAGAGGGUGCUUGAGGGAACAACGCAGCGGAUAAUAAGACAUAAGCCAUUCCUCCCACUCUGCUAAAUGCUUCCUUUGUUCCUUCUAAAAAAGAUUCCCUACUCCACUUUCAAUUCAAUAGAGAGGCACAUUCUGCACAAGCAAACGGCUAAUAAUAAUAACAACCUGGGAGGAAGAAAAGGUAGUGGUAAAUAAAAAAAAAUAUUUUAUCUUAGUCAGAGUCAAAAGUGGGCUCUGCUUUCCCUAUUUUGCCGUCAAGUCGAGAAGUCGUUGGCGUCAGUGCAUUUUCUAUCAGAAGUAACCAAGCAGUGGUCGACUCAAAAACGGUGGUGGUGGAAAAACGUUGCUAUUAUUUUGACCACAGUUUGGUCGAGAUUUCACCGAGAGAGAAACGGUCUGGGGAUAAAGUUGUCCGGGUUGUGAAGGAAGGAAGGAAAAGGAACCAUUUCCCGUUGGACUGGACACUUUAUGAUCACUUGCUAAAUAAUUCGAGGCCUCGUCGUCCCUUCUUAAUUUUGGGCAUCGUCUCAAGUGGGUGGAUUUCCAGCGACGACACAUAACGAUUAUUGUGGUUGGCUGCGUAAAGGGGGAGAUAAAUUAAAUACGUCAACUAUUUACUAAGGCGGAUGUUAAGAAAGACAGAAUUUCAACGAAGCUCCACCAAGAUAAUACGUUUCGUCUCAAAAUUCGGGGAAAAAUUCAGCUCAUGACACCAUGCUUUUUCUCAACUAUGAUGACAUCUGGUCUUCGCAGGGUCUACUUUCACCACCAAGAGCAGAAGCCCGGAUAGCGGACUCCCCCUUGCUCCUGCAUAACUUGGGUGCUGGUGUAGAGGCUGAGAAACCGUUCCCCACUUUGUUCCCGUCUCCACAUUUUCAGAACAAUCUGAGCACUGAGAACAGCUACUUGUUCUCAUCGCUUUCACCCGAGGAGAAAAAUUUCACGGGGUUUGAAAACUGGACGGAAGACAGCGGGCUGGAGGCGUGGGACGAGUACGGAGGAGUCAACGAGCUCAGAUACAGCUUUGGCCUCGGCCUCUUCUUCUGCGUCGCGUAUGGAAUCGUUUUCCUGAUUGGAAUCGUGGGAAACUCCUUCGUGGUAGCCGUCGUGCUGCGAUCUCCACGUAUGAGAACCCCUACAAACUUCUUCAUCAUGAACUUAGCCUUGGCCGACCUGAUCGUGGUUAUCUUUGGACUACCAGUCACUCUCCUCGCAAAUAUCUAUUCAGCGUGGAUUCUGGGUCAAUGGAUUUGCAAGAUUGUUCCGUAUUUACAAGGAGUGAGCGUUUCAGCGUCGAUCGACACCCUGAUUGCGAUCGCUUGCGAGAGAUUUUUAGCAAUCUGCUACCCCAUGAAAUGCCAAAUAUCGUCUCGGAGUUGUCGCAUUCUCAUCAUAAUCAUUUGGACGUGGUCCUUCAUUGUAACCCUGCCCUGGGCAAUCUUUUUCCAGUUGACUCCUCUCAAUCCGAAUGCACCCAACAGCGAGCUCAUGGUCUGCACUGAAAAAUGGUGGGACCCGACAGUGGGAAAUGUUUACUUUGUCGUCGCCCAUUUGAUCCUCUGCUAUCUGCUUCCUUUGACGCUGAUCACAAUAUUUUACACCCUCAUUCUCCGUCGAGUGUCGAUGCGGAAAAUUCCACAGGAAACGAAGGACCUGUCCACGGAGCUUCUUGUCCAACGAUCCAAGAUGAAGGUAAUAAAAAUGCUGCUCCUGGUAUGCGUCCUUUUCGCUCUGAGCUGGUUACCACUCUACGCCAUCUUCACUCGAGUCAAGUUUGGACCUCCGCCAAGCGACUGGGAGGAUCAAUUGAUUAGAACCAUUACUCCCAUGGCACAAUGGCUGGGAAGCAGUAAUUCUUGUAUCAACCCAAUUUUGUAUGGAUUAUACAACAAAAGGUACCGUUCCGGUUUUAAGGCGGUCCUGACCAGUGGAUCGUGUUGCUCUAAAUUGAGAGUAGAAGCCACAAAGUCGGACUCAUCGACAUCUCGUAGCUCCAACCGAAUGAAUCUCUCUACACAGGUCACUCGCAACUCGACGUUUAAAGGGAGUGCACCCUUGUUGCAUUCCAACUCUCGGGGAUCGAACGCUGCGUCGAAGCGUUACUAAAAAUAGUUUAUUAUAUUUCUCAUUACCAUUUUUGUUAACCAUGAACACGUUUUGUUACUUUUAUUAUGCAUCAUUCAUUAUUAAUUAAGACUUGCGAAAAGUAGUACUUAAUUUAAUUUGUGGUGAGUUUUAUUUAGCUCUGUAAGUUUUUAUAACUUCAGUUAAUAGUGUAAUUUUACCCUCAGUCAGUGAUACUCACUACCAUAGAUAGAUAACUCAUUUCGGGUAGUUUUUUAAUGGUAAAUACUUAAACGCUGAUAAAUAUUUGUGAUUAUGUAUUGAUGAUAAGUGUCGAGUGAUUAAUUUUAGUUAGUGUCGUCAUGUAUGUAUCUGUCUGUAGCGUAGAAUGUGAAAUCCAUUCCGAAUUUGCCAAUUGAUUGUCCAAAUUUAGAAUACUCUUUGUCUGUCCAUGUGAACAACAACAUUUGGUAACUCGAACAAUAAUACCUAACCUGUAAAAAUUAAAAAUCUAAAAAUACCUAUACUCUUAUAAAAGUAAAUAACACAAAUUCAGUAGAAAUUGUAGCGUAUAUAAAUAAAUCUCUAGAUUUGGCAGUAUAUUUAUUAUCUGAUGGUAUAUACGAAUCUGGGAUGAAAGCAUGAUUAACUACAGUAAUUUAACAGUGCAGUAGUAUUUUCGCAUAUUAUAAAAAAUGCUCGCGUACUUAUAUUUAAUGGAAUUGUGGGCUAUGUCGUAAUAGAUAUUACCAAGUAAUUAUAGUCUUAUUUAUUGUUCUGAUUAAUUCGUACGUAUUCGCUAAUUGUGUACAAAUAGUCAUAAAUUCAGAUAGCUUGUAGAUCUAUGUAGAUUGUGAUAAUCAGUCUCAAUUAUGCUUGUUGAUUGUAUAUUGUGUGUAAAUAUUUAUUGUUGUAGGUUGGAAUUUGGAUAGUGUAUGUAUGAAUGCAUUUUUGUCCAUAAAUCUCUCCAUGUAUGUACCCGAUCCAAGUCUAAUUAUCCUUCCAUGCACCACCGUAAAUUGAUAACAAAAUAUGUACCUAAUUAACCCCUAAUCACCUGUGACGUACACCUACAUACUUACCUAUCUAACCAAAAUUAGAAUUGUCCAGGAUUCAUUAUUGGAUUGUUACAAGGUGUGCGUAUGUACUGACGCAGAAAGAAGGAUGACGAUGAUGACGUGCACUGCGAAUUAUAUGUCAGGCUAGAGGGUGCAAAAUGUUUUAAAUAUACAUACAAAUAUCUGUAAAUUUUUAAUAAAAUUGUGUACUAAAUGGGCA